GAGCAUCGAAUGGCACGCGAUGCUCUCCUGUAACGAUGGCGAAACUCGUUCUGGUCCUGCUUGCGGCAUUCGCCAAUCAGGUGUUGACUUCAACCCACACCAACUACGACCUAGACAACUACCUUACGGAGAUCAAAACCGAAAUUCGUGACUUAACGGUGUACCUGGAGGACGUUUUCCCAGGCAAUCACCAUGCGAUCACCACGGUCACUUGGCAGUGCCAUCGCGUGGCGGAAGCAAUCAAAAACGUCGUGACCAAACUGAGCGAUGAGACCACCAAGCAACACGAGAGCGGCGAGAUCAUCUUCAAGCAGCUGUGGUUCGCCCUCCAAGAGGUCCACACGUCCCUCCAGCAGAUCGCGCUUUCGAGCGACGUCACCGACGUCAGCGAGAUCAAGAAGCAACUAAUACUCACCCUUCAGCUCGUCACCGAAACCUUCGAGAAAAUGAUGCACGUCACCUACGUCCACUACCCCGAAUUUCGCGCUACGCUCAAGACCAUCUUCGGGGAUUACCUCGCGGCAAUCCGAGACAUUCGUCGCGCGUUCGAAACCGAACACCACGACGGAGCGCAACGUGUCAGCGCCAAGUAUCUCGCAAUGGACAUCACCAGGUUCUCGCAGAAGGUCCGCUACAACCUGAAGGAGGCGGCCCAAGGAAACUUCGCGUGGUUCUACGAGGGGGUAGGUAAAAUCGUUCGCGAGCUAGAGACGAGGGAUAGCGUCGGCGAUGACGAAAUCGACGUCGUCCUUCGCAAUCUCAAGAUGAAGCUGUCGAAGCUCGAGCACGACAAGGACUUCGGUGACGUCGCCACGUUGUGCGUGCAGCUGGUGCACUUCGUCGAGAACGGAUCGCAACAUGAGCGCGCCGAUCGUUUCAUUCAGAAGGUAAUCUAUGACUACCUGGGGCUGGUUAGGAGAUUGAGCGAAGGGCUCGACUCUGAGCAACAACAUCGCCAUAGCUUUGACAGGCACAUGUAAAACGCGAAUAAAUGUCUUCCUAAACUC